UGAAUGCAACCAGCGUCAAAUAGGGAUUGCCCAUCCGCUCCGGCCGAGUUCUCACCUGGCCGAGUCAGGGGAACGCGCACUCAGCAGGCGGGCGGCGGCGGCGCGGCAGCCCUAGGCGACCCGACGGGAAGCAGAGCAGGCGGGCGGGCGGCGGAGCAGCGGCCAGAGGGAGCAGAACAGGCUGCAGGCGACGGCGCGACGGCGCGACAUCAACGACCAGGACGCCAGUCGCCAGGGCUCGUUCGCAGCAGCAGCCGCGUCCGACCCUCUCUCCGCCCACCAUGUUCCGGCCACCAAAUGCCUUCGGAGCACCGCGGCCUCCUCACCCCCCUCCAUGGCAGUGGCAUCAGCAGCAACCUUUCCAGCCGCCGCCGCCUCCCCAACCUGCGGUGGCGGUGGCCAGUUCCUUUUGGCAAAGCAACAAUGUGCGUGAGCAUCUGAGGAAGCUGCAAGACACUGUCGCCAUUUCAACAGCUCUGAUAAAGGAGCUAGAGGAAAUCACACUGGCUAGGGAUUCAGCCGAUGCUAGUGCACCAGAACCAGAUUCGUCCGCAGUACAAGUGUCUGCAGGGUCUGGUGGUGCUUCUGCAGACAGGCCCUGUCAUUUUGUUGAGCUCGCUAGCGAGCUCAAGAUCACCCAAGACACUCACGAAUCCCUGGCAACAGAUGCAGCUAACUAUCUCUGUUCUCAACUUCAGCACCUUCUGGCACCUAUCUCUGCUGCUGUUAACCAAGGUGGUCCUUGGGAGGAAACAUCGGCGAUGGUUAGGUUAGCUCAGAAGCUGCAGAAAUCCAAGAGAAAUAAGCGAUGGAGGAAGAGGAAGAGGAAGCAUGUAGCAGAGCUAUUCCAGAAGGAGAGUGCAGAUUUUGAGAGAAUCGAUCAGGAGGCUGAUGAAUGGAGGGCUAGGCAAAUAGCGAAUGACAUAGCAAAACGCAAGAUGGAAAGCAUGAAGCAAAUUGCCAAGAAGAAAGCAAACGAGGAAAGAAAACGUCUAGAAUCGGAGCUUGAGCUCGCGCUAAUGGUGGAGAAACUCCAGGAGCUUCGCUCUAUAAGGGUUCAAAAACUGAAGAAACAAGGCCAUUUUCUGCCAGAAGAGGAUGAUAAAUAUCUUGAGCGUGUCAAGGCUGCAGUUGAGGAAGAGGAGCGCCAAGCUGUAACUGCUGCUCGAACAGAUGCUGCUAAGAAUGCUAUUCUCACUGCUGAGGAAUCAAGAAAGAAUACACAUCAUACAUCUGCUCAAGAAGAUGGUCCUGAACAACCUGAAAGUGGCUCAGCACCAGAGCAGAACCAAGGAGAUGCAAGCAUAAAUGAGAAAAGUGAUCAUGUAAAUAAAAAAACAGAACAUGUAGGUCAAAAGGUUGAGAUAAAAGGGCCUGGGCAGUCUGAUUCUGUUACGAAUCUGCCUUUUGAGUUCUACCACUAUUAUCAUGGGAGUAGCUAUGACAUGGGGACACUCAUUGAGGUACGCCGAAUGUGGGAUUCUUUUAUCAGACCUGGAGGAAGCCGCAUACCUGGCCACUGGAUUCAACCACCCACUCCAGCUGAUGAGGUGUGGGCAUCGUAUUUAGUGCAGCCCAAGUAAAUCCCUCUGGGUUAUAACAAUGGUUCUUCUGCCUAUCCACUGGGAGCUUUCAGGGCAAGGUGUUGUACAUGAAGCCGCAAACCUUUUUUGACUAACGAUGUCUGUGACUUUCUGAAAAGAUAAUCAAUAGUGGUGGCUCCAUUCCAGCAUGAUGGAGAUAUUUAUGUUGAGAAGGGUAACCACAGCUUCAGGAUCUAUGCAAGGUCCAAGCAUGGUAUUACUUCUGGAUGGAUCAAAACAUCUUGCCUGGAUAUCUCAUAGAUCGCUGACUUAGUUUCAGUGACUGGUGACAGCCAAAAAGAAGAUACACUAGCUAAUUGAUCAGAUGUUGACACCAUGCGGGCUCAGGUUCUACUGUUGUACAAAUAGGCGACAGCAGAAACCUGCAAAUCAAAGCAGUAAAUAUAGACUGCAAGUGGUGCUCCACCGGGUAAACCUCAUGAAAGUGAAGAGUAACUUUGGUACAUGCCAAAUGAUCGGCAUGGCAGCAUGCUCUAUCCUUCUUCUUUGGUAGCCUCGCUAAGUGCCGUCGUUCCUGUGAUCUCCAACUAGUAAACAGUCGCGACUAGAAUUGCAGGAAUAUUAUUUGGAAACCUGCGCUUGAAGUCAUUUGUUGGAUAGUGAUUUUGCAUUGUAUGCUUGAAUUGUCUCUGUGAAUGGUAGGUAAGUUAUUUGUUAGUCAUUCGAUUGAGUGGGAAACAUAUGGAAACUGUAACUUGUUAUUCUGGAGCUUUGGAUUGUACUCCUAUCUUGCAAUUGUGAAUUAAAUUUAAUUCUGCAAGUUCAGUUA